AUGCGGAAGUACCAUGCGCAGGUCAGCAGAGCUGGUGCGAGUCCCACCUCGACAGUGCGUAGAUACUUCAGAGUUUGUAUCAUUAUAAAGAAACUUGACAAUGGCCUCGCAUAAAGACGACAUUUACCAGAAGGUCUGGAGUGUGCAGCACCCGGGUAUCAGUACCGAGGAGUCCCAGGCUUUCUACUCAACAUGGGCACCUGAGUACGACAAGGAUCUGAGCACGCCGGGACUAUACAAAGGCCCGUCUCAGGUAGCGGAGGCUCUGGCGGGGGUUUUGAGGGACAGAAAGGAUGCUCGAAUUCUGGAUGCGGCGGCGGGCACUGGACUAGUUGGCGAAGAGCUCCGGAAGCUGGAAUUCUCCAAUAUUGACGCCUUGGACGCUAACAAAGAAAUGCUGGACAUCGCCAAAACUAAGAACGUCUACAGAAAUUUAAUCCAGGACUUUUUGGGGCCCAAUCGCCUACAGGUAGCGGAUGACACCUAUGACGCCCUGUGUUGUGCCGGCUCCUUCUCGGACGGGCACCUGAAGUGCGACUGUCUGGAAGAGAUGAUAAGAAUCGUCAAGCCAGGCGGCAUGAUUUGUCUGAUUGUGAAGGAAGCAUUUCUCUUAGAGUACGGGAAGCUGGAGCCGCGCAUGUGCGAGCUGCAGGACAAGGGUCUCUGGGAGAGAGUGUCCCGUAGCGUUGCUGAGGGGUACGUGGAAAACGGCAACGGGAUCAUCUUUAUCUACAAAGUGCUGUGA